UAUUCUGCGCUCGCAAUGCAACGUGUCCUCGUUUGCUGCCUGCUGGUGGGCAUUCUGUUUUCGAUAGAUAUCCAUUCUCUCGGCACCAACGAGACCAUCGAUUUGGCGAAAUUGGCCAAGAUAUUUCGUCGUCCUGCCCACCAGACACGUGUUAUCGGUGGCCAUAUAACGACCAAUGAGAAACUGGGCGGAUAUCUGUUGGCCAUGCGAUACUACAACAGUUUUAUCUGCGGCGGCGCUUUAAUCCGGGAUGUCAUCGUCCUAACGGCGGCCCACUGUUUCGAAAAUCGGAAUACUAAGGAAGGCUGGAGUGUGGAUGGUGGAAUUUCUAGGCUCAAUGAGCGCGGAGUUCGUCGGCAGGUUAGGGAAAUCAUCAAGUCGGCCGAGUUCCGGAUGUCCACCAUGAACAUGGACGUGGCUGUGGUGCUGCUGAAUAGACCGAUGGUCGGGAAAAACAUCGGUAUGCUAUCCCUGUGCUCUACGCCCUUAACGCCUGGCAAAAAGCUGGUCGUCGCCGGCUGGGGAAUGACCUAUCCGGAUGGCAAUGGUCCCGAUCAGCUGCUGCGAACGGUUACGGUGCCUGUGAUUGAAAAGAGGUUCUGCCGCGAUGUCUAUCGGCAUUCAGCUGCUAUAACGGACAGCAUGUUCUGUGCCUCGGUGUUGGGAAAAAAGGAUGCCUGCACCUAUGACUCCGGAGGUCCUUUGGUUUACGAAAAGCAAGUCUGCGGCAUAGUGUCCUUUGGGAUAGGAUGUGCCAGCAGACGAUAUCCUGGCGUCUAUACGGAUGUCCAUUAUGUAAAGCCCUUUAUUGAGAAAGGUAUUAAAGUGCUGCUAUCGCGACGUACUAGACGAGCCAAAUAAACUUCUGCGUAAUUUGUAAUUCACU